GUUUGCUGUUUUUCUCAUUGUAAAAGUAUCUUGUUUCAGAUGAUGCGUGUUAUUAACCACCUUUGGUCUGCAAGCAAACGGAGCAAACAGAUUGGCAUUGGCAUUUCAAGCCAAUGCCAAUGCCCUGGCUUUGCUGCUUCUACAUUUUGUGUGGUGCCAAAUCGGGUCAAACUGUAUGACCAGGAGACUUUCCCUCCUGGCAGUUCCGGUUAUAUGGAUUAUGCACCUUAUGAAAUUUUUGACCGCAGCAAAGAUGACGGUCUCCCACAGAAUGUUUACCAAGGGACCUACUGUGACCUUCCUGCUACAGUGCACUAUUUUGGGAGGACUGAUUCUUUACACGUGCAGAAGUGGUGUUCUAUUCAGAAGGCUUGCAAUGCAGGAUAUGUGCUAUCCAUUAAGGCUUUAUACGCCACUUUUGAGGGCCCUAUGAUUGUCUUUACUGAACCAGUAAAGUCGUCGCUUGCACAUUGGGUUACGAAGAUGAAGGUGGAACAAGAGCCACUUAUCGAUCGGGCAACUGGUUACAUCACUCCUGCCGUCCGUUCUAUUUACAGGGAUAUUCUCACGUCGAUUAUGCAUGUGCACAAUUAUACUAAUGAUUGUCAUGGGAAUGUCACCCUGGAGAACAUAUGGGUGAGAAGAGGAAGCACAGUAUUAGGCAGUCCAAUAUGUUUCGACCCUCUAGACCAGGAGGAUCAGGCUGAAUGUGUUACCGAUACCGACAUGUUUGUACAUGUACUUGACAUCAUUCAUGAUGACUUCUUGCCCAAGGAGCUAGAGUUCUUCUGCAGGAUCUUGCACGAUAAUGUCGCUGUCAUAUUGUCUUUACUGGUGCUUAGCCCUUUCUUGAAGACGCAUACAGAAAAGAUGAGAGACAGGUUUCUGGCUGUGAGAUUAUUUUUUGACAGUACCGAUUCUACUUCAAGGGCAAAUGCAGUGCAAAUAUAUAAGGGCUAUUGGAAUCUUUUAUUUGCAAAUGAACCCGAAUGUGCAGUGAUGUGGCAUACUAACGUGACAGCCCAUAAUCCUAUUUCUUCUGGCAAAGAUCAUCCUGUUACUAAGGAUCCAAUGACGUAUGCGGUCAACUUCAUUAUAUCGAAGUGGAUGGUGGAUGGACAUCCCAUCCACUUUCUAAUCUGUGUAAGAAAUUGUGCAGAGCAUGGAACCCACAUGGAGAGUGAAGAAUAUUUUGACUUACUUGUGAUUGAGGAAUGGCCUGCUCAUUUGUCCAUGCUUAGCUAUUUGAUAUCCCUACAUCACCCUAGACCAUUCCUCUCAUCAUUCACAGCCUUUACAUUGGAAGGGGCUUCUUUAGUUUUCCAGGCUUCCCAAUAUCCAAUGAAGGAAAGAAGAGAAUGGAAAGCAGACAAAGCUUUGGAACAAGAAUGAGGAGACAAGCAAAUAUCAAGCAUGAUAGAUAAACUAUAUAGUUGGUUCUACAGUUGAAUGGAUAGGAUUGUUUAGGGUGGAUUCCGAAACCCUAGUGUUUGUUACAUUUUAAUUUUCAUUCCUGUCACUCUUGUUAAAAUUAGAGUUCGAUUACUUUCUAUUAGGUCACUCAAAUCAAAUCAACACCCCCCUCCCCCUCCCCCC